UCUUUUUCAAAAUUGAGUGCUCACCAGUCAUGGGGAAAAGGUAAAAAGACAUUUAAAGUGGGUUGGCUCAGCAAGGUUCUAAAUGCAGAUGCAGAGCUGGCUCUGACCCUAGGCCAGCAGGCCAGGGCAGACCCUGUUUGCUGCUAGUCUCUGCUGUGCCUUGAUGCUGCUUGUACUCUGCUGCCAGGGAAUGAGCCACCAAAGGCUUUGCUUUUUGCUCUGUUAUUGACUCCAGGCAGUUGUAAAACCCACAUGAUGGGUUGUGACAGAACCCUAGUGUUUUCUUGGACACUUUGACCUGCACACAGAGGAGUGGCUUUGGGCAGAAGCCAGAGGAGGCGGUGCUGGACAGCCUAAGCAUGCCCCUGCCCUCCAUCCUGCCCAUGGCUGAUGCUGAGCACCUCUGCUAUGAACACAGGCCACUAUGAGAGAGGUGGGGUUGUUCAGCCUGGAGAAGAGAAAGUUUCAGGGACACCUUAUAGCACCAGUCCCUAAAGGGGCUACAAGAGAGCUGGAGAAGGGCAUGGAGCAAUAGAACAAGAGGGAAUGGCUUUACACUGACAGAGGGUGGGAUUUAAAUUAGAUAUAAGGAAGAAAUUUUUGACUGUUGAGGAUGAUGAGGCCCUGGCACAGGCUGCCCAGAGCAACUAUGGAUGCCCCAUCACUUGAAAUGUUCCAGGCCAGGUUGGAUGGGGCCCUAAGCAACCUGAUGUUCCUGAAGUUGUCCCUGCCCAUGGUACAGGGAAUUGGAACUGAAUCAUCUUUAAGGUCCUUUCCAACUCAAACCAUUCCAUGGUUCUAUAGUAUCCCUAUUUUCUCUUUUCCGAUUUUGUUUUCUGAACAAAGUUGAAAGCUCACGUGGUUGUGUGUAACCAAAGUCUGACCACAGUGAUUUGGUGUCUUCUUACUCCUGCUGGUGUGGAAUGAAGCACAGAAGGUGCCUGGAAGCCCCAGCCAUGGGGCUAGGCUGCGGGAGCUGGGUAUCCUGGCUACGGGAGCUGGUUCUCCCGAUUGAGGGAGCUGGAUAUCCCGGCCGAGUGCUGUUUCCCUGCGGCUGAGAAGCCUCUGAGCGAGGGAGCUGCUGAGCUUACAUUACUGCUGGGGCUUCUGCAGUGCACACGUUAAAACGGGUAAAAAGCAUUAACAGAAAGCGAAUGGUCUUAUUCUGGAGUAAUUGGUUGAAAAAGUCCCUGUGGGGAUGGGCUUGCCUGAGUGGCGGCUGCCCGGGAGCGGAGCGGCGGAGCAGUGGGAAGCAAAGGCACCGGGAAAGGCUUCAGCGACUCGAGAGGCAGCUGCAAACGGAGGAGCCAGCUCAGGUAAUACCCACGUCCCUUCAGCCGACCCGCGCUGGGAGGAGCGGGGCAGAGGCGCAGGCAACAUCUUUGUUGUCAGCUUGUCUGUUGCAGACCUUGUGGUUGCAGUUUAUCCAUACCCUCUGAUCUUAAGUGCCAUCUUCCACAAUGGAUGGACCAUGGGAAAUGUCCACUGCCAGAUAAGUGGGUUCCUGAUGGGCUUAAGUGUCAUUGGGUCCAUUUUCAACAUCACAGCAAUUGCAAUCAACCGCUACUGCUACAUCUGCCACAGCCUUCGGUACGAUAAGCUCUUCAACUUGAAGAACACCUGCUGCUAUCUUUGCCUGACCUGGAUACUCACAGUGGUAGCGAUUGUGCCAAACUUCUUUGUUGGCUCCUUGCAGUAUGACCCCCGGAUUUACUCCUGCACCUUUGCCCAGACAGUGAGCACAUCUUACACCAUCACGGUGGUGGUGGUUCACUUCAUCGUCCCACUCUCCGUUGUGACAUUUUGCUACCUACGGAUCUGGAUUUUGGUGAUUCAAGUCAAACACCGGGUGAGACAAGACUGCAAGCAGAAACUCAAGGCAGCUGACAUCCGAAACUUCCUGACGAUGUUUGUGGUUUUUGUCCUUUUUGCUGUGUGCUGGGGACCAUUAAACUUUAUUGGCCUUGCUGUUUCAAUUAAUCCUUCAAAAGUGCAGCCACACAUUCCAGAAUGGCUUUUUGUUCUGAGCUAUUUUAUGGCCUAUUUUAACAGCUGCCUCAAUGCUGUGAUCUAUGGGCUUCUUAACCAGAAUUUUCGGAAGGAAUACAAAAGGAUAUUGCUGACACUGUGGACUCCCAGGCUGCUGUUCAUUGAUGUGUCAAAGGGCGGGACAGAAGGCAUGAAAAGCAAGCAUUCUCCAGCCAUAACAACCAACAACAACCACGCUGAAAUGCACCUAUGAUUUAGGACAGUACUAUUUAUUCUGGAUUACAGUUGUAUAUAUAAUAUAUAAGAACUUUCUACCUGCAUUGCACAUCUGGUGUUACCCUCAUGCAAGAAAGGAGUCUGCAACCUUUCAUACUUAGCUUAUCACUGUGACAUCAAGGCUUUGAGUAAGGAUUUUCAGAAUGGAAAUGACUGAUUUUAUUUUUUAUUUUUUUAUGUGUCAUCUUUCACUGUGUGCCUAGUUAAUCAGUUUGGUUGCUUUUACCACAAGCAUGCCCAUACUUGAAAAGGGAAGUGUUCAGAGUGCAUGGAGAAAUGCAGUUACGCUUGAAAUGCAACCUUCAAGAGACAGCAAAAUUGUCAUUUAUUACACACAAAUCUUUCUCUCCUCCCUCUGAAUUCUAUUUUUCUAGCAUUAACUUAACCCAAACUGUAUCAAAGUGUAAACUGUAUGACUAUUUACAUUUUAGAUAGGUAACCAUAUUAGCCAGCAGGUGCAGUAUGUAUGGGCAUGGUAUGUGUUUUCCUUUUUCUUUCCUAUUAAGGUUUAGAAGCUAGCCUGGGCUAGAUGUGAGGCAGGCAGAAGCCAGACCAGCGUGUGUCUGAUACAUUCUUUUUAAUUGAGUGACUACAGACAUCAAGUACCCUUGCGCUCUCCUUUCCCAGGCCAUGAGUAAGUAUAUGACAUAUGACAUAAUCUAAUUGCAGUAAGAUACUUGGAGCCUGAUUCUAAUUUAGACAGUAUCCUGGUAUGGCUAGCAGUCAUUCCUAACAUCUUUCAGAAGUCACUGCUACAUGAACAUCACAACAAAAAAUACGAACAUAGCAGAGUCCCAUCUGUGUAACACAGAUUGUGACUUUUACUCUAGAAUAUUAACUUUUCAGUAACAUUUACACUUGCAGACAAAAGCAGAAGGGGCAGGCAAUGUUUGUUCCAAAAAUUUCUCCUUUUGCUCAUUAGAGAACAUGAAUUUGCUGACAGAAGAAAAAGUGGAGAUUUUUUCCCCAUUUUAUUCGCAUACAGAGCUGUAAUUAACUCAUGGAGUGGGGAGACAAAAGCUACUUAACAAUAAUUAUGCAUCAGUUCUGUUAAAGCCUGGACUGUGCUGUUAUCUUUGGAAACAAUGUCAUGAAGUUCUGGGGAGGCCAGUAUCACAUUAGAUGUAAGCACAUGGGCAAAGAUAAGGCUGUUUCUUUAAUGGAGUAUGAAAGAGGAAGUGUGUGUGAUGGCAGUUGUCUGUAGAUAUAACUUUGUUUCCUUAGCUUCAUUGUGAAUUCAUCUGUUUAUGGCUUUAAAUAUGUGGAACCUACUUUGAAAAAAUCCCAUAAAAUCAACAGGUAAGACUCCCCUGGUACAGCUGUACGUUGAGGUUAACACACCUACCUUGAUGCCGGCAUGCUGAGUGGCACAGAAGGGAGAGGGGCAGGUCUGAGCCCUGGAGGUCUAACGAGGACAGCAGACAGCCCUGCCCCUGGUCAAAGGCUGUGGUCUUCUUUGGUUCUGGUCAAAGCAGGACUAGUUCCCAGCACUGAGCCCUGAAAGACUUUGUAGGCACCUGGAGAUAGAGGUUUGUAGGAUUUCCCCAAAGCCUUAGCAGGCUGUAUGCCUAGUCCUUAGUGAAGAUAGUAAGCCUUUUGUGCAUGGCUUUCUGAAACCAACUUGCUGCUUAAUGUCCCUUCUGCUGAUUUUUUUGGGAAAGAGGAAUUGAGAGAAAUUAAGUCUCUUUCUGAAGUGGGCCAAGGAACCCUGCAUGCUGCAUUGCCUCCAUGAGGACUGAGUGUCUCUGCUGCUGCUGCUGCUGGUUCUGCCAUGUGGUGAAGGUCACUGUGGUAGCAGGGGGGCCCUGCAUUUUCAGGGUGCCCUGGCACUUAGGAAGUUUCAAACUUGAACAUCUCAGCCACUUCAGAUGAAUGUUGUUUUAAAAUAUGCUGCAGCAAGCCUCCCAUAAUAGGAAUACAAACUGAGUUCUGUUUUGGCCUCUUAAUCUGCCUCAGCAUGGCCAAAUAAAGGUAUUUUGACCCUCAGAAAUAACUGUUGUCUCUUCGCCUUCCAGAAAAAACAUCCUGGUUGAAUUCACACCAUUCCAUGCAAGCAAAAUCAUUUUGAGUUAAAUGUGGAUAAGAAAAGCACUGUGGGCACAUAACAGCAGGGACUGUUUGUCCCAUCACACCAGGGAGAUGUCCUGUGUUCCAUGACUAGUCUUCAGAAUAAUUUGCAAUUAGCCAUAACAGUGUUGGUUAGAAUCACAUUAGCAAAUAAUUUGAAGCAUAUAAUGCCAAGUGAAAUAUAUUGCUUUAAGACAGUUGUGAAUAAUCUUGUGCAAGUUUGCCAAAUAUCAAAAAUACCCCAAAACUGGGGUUUCAUCUUAUGGAUUCUUGUCUUUUUAACUGAAUGUUCAUUAAAGGUAAUGGGUUUUUUUUAUUAUUU